AGAGGCAGGUAUAAACCUCUCAGUCAUGAGGUAGUUUAUAUUCUCUUUCGUCUUGACAACCGUGAAGCUCAUGCUAGUGUUCAUCUUUACCCUUUGUGUGUUUGUGUGCAGAAGUGGCAGUGUGUGGAGGACGCCACGGGGAAACUUCGGCUCUUCAAGUGCAAGAACAAAGGGGGCGGGGCUAAGAGCAUUCAGAGGGGCGUGGUCGUUCGUCAGCGUCCACUCAGCAUCAAGUCUCAGAUGUACCAUCGCAACGCCGACGCAUGCGACUGUGACCUCCGUGACCUCCGGCCUCUGAGCCCGCCGAGACCCUCUACGAUGAGACCGUUCAACAAGAAGCCUUUCUUCUCCAAGAAGAAGUUCAAAGCCCUGAAGAGUUACUCCAGGAACCGGUACAGCCGCUCCGCAUCCAUGAUGAACAGCUACCCCGGUAACCACAGCCUGGUGGACAGCAGCGCCGGGGCUCAGCCAAUAAGAGACGAGUCUGAGGACGAGUUCAGCGGGAUGGGAGGAGUUUCCAACGCCGUGGCCCCGCCCAACUCCCACAAAGUCACACACAGAUGUUCCAUUCUGCCCAACGCCACCGUGAAGUGUGACACUGGACUCUAUCAGACUCUGCAGGCCUGGAAGGACCACAAGCUGCACAUCGACCACGAGAUUGAGACGCUGCAGACGAAGAUAAAGAACCUGAGAGAGGUCAGAGGUCACCUGAAGAAGGCCCGCCCCCUGGAGUGUGACUGUAAUAAAUACCUGUACAAGUCCAAAGUGAAGAACAAGAUGAGGUUCAGAGGAGGACACCCCUUCAGGAAGGGCGGGGCUCGGGACAAGAAGGCGUGGCUUCUGAAGGAGCAGAAGAGGAGGAAGAAAAUGAGGAAGAUUAUCAAGAGGAUCAGAAACAACGACACGUGUUCGAUGCCCGGACUCACCUGCUUCACUCACGACAACCAGCACUGGCACACUGCGCCCUACUGGACACUGGGUUCAUUCUGCGCCUGCACCAGCGCCAACAACAACACCUACUGGUGUCUGAGGACCAUCAACGAGACCCACAACUUCCUGUUCUGUGAGUUUGCCACCGGAUUCCUGGAGUACUUUGACCUCAACACAGACCCAUACCAGGUACACACACACACACACACAAGCACACACACGCACACACACAAGCACACACAC